UUGACCAAAACUCUUUUCUCAGUGAAGGAAGCAAGAGAAAUUAAAAAUACAUCGUUCAUCGUUUCGAAAGGGAUUAAAGUACUUGUUUGAUUUUUUUCGUUUAUAUCCAAUGAAAGGCCAAUUGCUACGUCCAAAAGAGGCCAAAAUAAUACCAAAUAUUUUACCAAAUCCUACUGAUUGUAAUGGAGUUUCGCUUUGUAUUAAACACGCGAAAUGUUUUACAUAUUCAAAGUUUUGUGAAGUACUUGAAAAAAAGCGGCUAUAGAAAGAAGUGUUUUCCCUUUUCUGUAAAAUUGGCAAAUGUGGACAUAGCAGCUUAUCACACUAAGCUAGCGAUAUGUUCAUAUGUAUGUACAUACCUAUCAACAAUUUCAUGCAACUAACCCUACACUACUACCUCCUCUCUUGCUUCCAUGCGUCUGUGCCGUCUGUGCGUUUGUCCUUCCCACCUAUGUACGAUUUCACUCAGGUAUUCAGCCAUCCUCAUCCGAUGAUUACUUAAAUAUGAGCAUCGAAACAGGCACAACCAUUUUCUCGCCGACACGUCCAAAAGAUCACGACGACAACCAGUCAAGUGAUGAACCAAAUACAACAACAACAACUUCUUUCACUUUCCCAGAUAAAAUAGCACCAACACCAACACCAUCGCCACCACCAUCAUCACAACAUUCACCAACGCUGGUAAAUAAUCUUGAUAGUCCAGUGAAUAAGCAUCGUAAGAAGGAAAUUAUCCAACCGGAAGAGAUACCAAUGCUGCCGGGUGCACAUCAUAGUUCGGAUGAUGGUGAGGGAAGUCCCGAGCAAGGACGAAAAUUCGUUAAGAAUAUAUUACAACAACAGAUGCGUGCCCACACCACGCCCACACCAUCACCGCGACAUCACAUUGCCGAAACCGAGUUGACGACAGGCAGUGAUAAUUAUGUGAAUGUUAAGUCGUCACCAAAAAAGCUAAGCAACACGAAUGGCGCGCGAACAGCUGAAGCAUUUUCAAAUCCAAGUUAUCAAAUAUUAAAGACUGUUUCCAAGGAUGUGGAGAAUAAGUGAAGAAGAUAGCAGAGUUUCACCUAGAGUAUAGUUAAUGGAUUUACAUUACAUUAAGUAUAAAUAAAGUUGACUUUAAAGUGGACUUUAACUGGCGUACGCUUACAAAAUGCGCGUUUGAUUCCUGAGUUAGAUUUUAACUGAUCUAAAACACAGGCAUACAAAAUACAUACAUAUGUACGUACGUAUUUCAAUGAACUUUUUUCCGCUGAAACCGAAUUUGAAGUCAGUCAGAAUCGCCAAAUUGGUGCAAGUUUAUGCGAUAUUUAACCCCCCAAAAAAAAAAAGUUGUCUUACGAGUAUUUGUGUUUUGAGCAGUGUUUUGAGGUUAUCUCAUAAAUUUUAACCACCAUGGGUAUUUUUAUCAGUUUUUGUGUCAAUAAGUCGUUUUUCGUACUUACAAAAAUAAUCUUUUUGCUAUUGGUAUUUGAUAAAGAAAAGUUCAAACCAAGUAACGGUGUUUCUUAUUAUUUUUGGAAAAAAUCGAACCACUGCUUAGCAGGGGGUCAAAGUCGUUGUCUAUUUAUUAGUGCAAUAUUGAAAUCGAUUUUAUGUUUAGCUGAAUUCGAACAACCAUAUUUAUGGUAAUACUUAUCUAAAAGAAAUUAACAAACAUAGAGAAAAUAAAGAAAAAUAUAGGGAAAACUGGGGCUCAUUUGACUAUGGUCUUUUCGAAGUGAAGUCAGGAUGAUUAAUCAAAUUUGGAAUAAGGUUUUUGAUUUUACUCAGCGUCAUGAAGUUUGACAGUCAACUCGAAGAUUUUGGCGAAGCAGCACGUGUCUCUUCUCUUUAUACGACGUUCUGCGUUAUUUUGUGACAGUGAUAUAUACGUAAAAAAAAUUUAUUGAAUAUGUUAAAGUACUAAGUUAAAUUACCUAACAUUAUUUUCAAUGGUUUCGAAAAGUUUUGCGAAUUUUAGUUUAGAAAAUUAAAUAACGUUCUUUUAACUAUAUCUAGUUUUUUUUUUUAAUUU